AUGAAUGCUCUCGAAAAGAUUCCUUCCCAAGCACUUGUGAUCCUAGCGAUAUUUGUGGCUCAUGGACGAGCUACGGAGACCUUAGAGUUGUUCCAAAACAAGGCAAUAACUGACGGAUCUGUGGGAUACAAGCAGACGGUGGAGCGACGCUGUGAGUGCCGUGAAGCGUGCUGGCAGGACGCUAACUGCACCGGAGUGUCCAUUGCAGCGCACGCUUCUCCGCGCCUCCACGUAUGCAGCUUCUCUGGACAGCCUUUGGACAACACCACUGCAGCACUCACCUCUAACACUGCGGCCAACACCUUCAUCAAAAAAAAAAAGCCAGUGUGCCCCGCCAACUACACCGACGUGCCGAAGGUUGGAUGUCUGUUCAUCUCCACACAGAGCUUGACCUACGCCGCUGCCAAGACCGCUUGUCCCGCUGGCUCUGCUGGUCUCUUCGCCGCCCACACGGUAGAUCAGUUCUCAGAACUAUCACUCUACAUGAACAAGAAUAAGGCAACCAUGACAACUGAUUAUUGGAUUGGAAUCGAGCGGGAUCCUGUCACUGAGAUCUGGCGUUGGCGCCAUGGAAGUUCCAUCGACACCACCCAGCCUUCCUACUUCUGGGGUCUCCUAGAACCGAAUGACGGCACAAACUGCGCUCGUCUUGCUUAUAAUCCCCCAAUGGAAACCUACUACAAGUUAGGGGACAGAAGUUGUACGAUGUUGUACAAUUUCAUUUGCGAGCUCUAAAAUAUUGGAACACUGCUGAAAAUAUAGUACUCCAUGUAAGCCUCGACUUUCCCAUGCAGGCUCUUUUUCUA